AUGGUCACGAAAAGUCGUAACGAAUAUCUAACACAUAGGAAAACACAUGGUCAACCUUUCGUCUAUGAAUGCAGAGCGCCCGGUUGUGGGCGAAUAUUCGACCAUAAAUCAUCAUUUUACAAUCACAUACAGAUGCAUGAACCUCAUCCUCAGUGCGAGGGUUGUGGCAAAUUCUUCACCAACAGGAAUGGACUGCAAAACCACAAAAAGAUCUGCCAAACAAAAUCUCGUUAG